AAGAGGUCGGAGAGGAGGCGAGGAAGUGAGGAGGAGUGGAGUGACGAAUGUGAGUGACAACUACUCUACGGCCAUUUCACCGGAGACUGGCGAGGACGAGUACGAAGACGAGUACUAGUACCACCGUCGUCACCAUCGGAGUUUAGUCGAGAUAGUUCUGGCCGUAGCGUAGCUGGUAUUAGACCUCGUGGCAAAAAUAUAUUAGCAGACCUUGUUAGCAACUUUCACUUAGAACUGAAACUGGAAUUUGAGUUGAGUUGAGCUGAGGGUAUCUGAGCUUGGGUUGGGGGUCAGGGUUGUGCUCUGGUGAGAGAGAGUGAGUGAGUAAUACUAUAGGAUUUGGAGUGGGAGUGCGUGUGAUUGGAGCGCAGCUGGUGGAUCCUACUUUUCGGAGCCUGUUCUGCAGGCUUUGAUCGACUGACAGGCAGACAUAGACCCAGACAGCGGGAGUGGGGCAUUUAUGAGCCCCGCAUCGUCAGCUGGUAGGACUGGACUCGUCGUCGUGCAGGCAGAGGCAGAGUGAAAAAAACACAGCAGAGCCCGAAAGGGCCGAAACAUUUCAUGCUCUGGACCUCCUCCUCCUCGGCGCUAGCGGUAGAAGUAGAGUAGUAGAGAGAGAGAGAGACCCCUCGGGUCCUGGUACGAGUAGAAGUAGAGACCAUAGCUCCUUUGGUAGAAGAGGCAGCGAAAGUGGCUCGAUCUGCCCCGUUCGUCCCCCCUCGGGCUGCUAGCAUGUAUCCCAUGGGCCCUCCCUUGUUCUUCUUUAUCCCCGAUGAUUCCCCACCCCAUCCCAAUUUUACCACCAUAUCUACUUCUUAUCUUGUUUAGACUAUAGAAAUAGGAGAGCAGAGCCCUUCUCGUCGCACACACUUCUCCUCCUCCUCCUCCCCCAAUUUCCCCGUCCCCGUCCUUGUCCCCUCCGAGUCGCCCCCCCUUCCCUUCUCCUGCUUCUUCUCCCUUCCUACCUCGUCGUCGUCGUCGUCUCGGGUCCCCGUGUGAUCGGUACUGUACUACGGAAGUCCGACAGACAGGAAGACAUAUCCGCCUCGACCGUCGUCGCCCUAUCCGUGAGCCCGAGUGUUCGGGUGGAAUUCUUCCCCGCCAUCUUCCAGAAGCUGCGGCGCAAGUGAGCGAGAGCAGCGCUUGAUAUAAUAGUCAGUCGAUGAGAAGCAGAAGCAGAAGCAAAAUCAGUCUCCAGUUAUCAGCAGCAGCUGCAGCAGCAGCAGUCGGUAUCAUUCCUUCGAAGUUCUCAUAGCUUCGGCUUCUUCUUCUACUACUACUUCUUCCUCUUCGCAUUUCUGGCCUUCGUGUUCGUGUCCCCCUCCCCACUUCUGAGUCUCCGCUCUGCUUUCCCAGUCCCAUAUCCAAUUCUGCUUUAUCGUAUGAAGAGAAGGCGGUCGUGCUCCUUUGUCGCUGCCCAAAAAUUGAACUCGAUUUCAUACUCUUAUCAUCUUUAUCAUCAUCAUCGACAACAGCAACAGAACGACUACGUCAUAUAGUGUUACGAUUACGACUAUCUAUCUAUCUAUCUUCCUUCCUUUGGUGAAAUUCCCCGAGUGGUUCUCAGAGGGGAAAAUCGAGCGAUCGAGUGGAAUUGAGAGAGUCCCCACUCGCCUGUACACUACAGCAUCGACAACUUUUGCUUCUUCGCCACGGAAACGGCGACGAGCAUCUAUCUAUCUAUCUAUCCACACAUUGGCAUCGCUCUGCUGCAGAGUGGGUCUCGUGUGGGAUUGACUGAUCGAUUGAUUGAUCGAUCGAUCGGAUCGGACUGGACUGGAUUGAGACAUCGAGGCUGCGAGGAGAGGAGCAGCAGAAGAAGUAGUGUAAUUAAUUGGUCUUCGUGCAGCUAUGGGUAACAUCGCGAGCAUCGCAGGAGGCCCGCAGGAGGUGGUGAGAGUGGUGCGCGACGGGAAGGUGCUGGAAUUCGACAACGACAUGGCGGUGGAGGAGCUGCUGUCAGUGUACCCCAAGAGCGUCGUGUGCCAGGACCAGGUGCAGGAGAACGGCAAGAUGCGGCGCAGAAUGCUGGCGCCCAAGGACGUGCUCCGGCGCGGCCAGGUCUAUCUGCUGUUCCGCAUCCCCACCCAGCAGCAGCAGCAGCAGAAGCAGCAGGCGCCGUCAACUCUGCAGCAGCAGCAGGCGCAGAUGCAGCAGAGGGCGAUUCCCCACAAGGCGCCCAAGGUCCACCCCGUGAACGUCCCGACGACUGCCCCCGCCCCCGUCCCCUCACGACAGCAGCAGCAGCUGCACAACAAUGCGAACGGCGCGACGAAGCUCGGCCCCGUCAUGAAGUCCACCAUCUCCAAGCAGCAGAUCGCCAAGAUUCUGCAGGAAGGCUCGGUGAAAAUCACCACCAAGAAUGGAGUCGCUCGGCUGAGCGGCGCGCAGCUCACACGAUUGCUGAACCAGGCCUCGGGCAGGUCGUCCCCGUCCCCGAAGAAGCAGAGCCCGUGGCUCGAGAGCAUCCCCGAAGAGCCCAUGAAACCAAUCGUUUCGGAGCAGCAGAAAUCAUCGACGACGGCCAUGGAGCUCGUCAAGCCCCUCGCCAUGUGAUGAGGGGCGGAGGCGGACGAGUGGAGCUCUCGAUGGUCGUUUAUACAUACCCAGUCUCACCACGCCACCGCAACUCCACCACCUCCAACUUUGUAAAUCCUUUCAAUCGCCAAUCCCUGGCUUCUGCUGCCUUCUUCCGAGCCCACCCUCCCUCCCCCCAACCAAUCAAUCAAUCAAUCAAUCAAUCAAUUGCCGGAUGGAUGCUCGACGACGAGUGACGCGAGACGAGCUGAUCGAUCGAGGCCCGGCGCAGUGCAGUCAAGUGCAGAGCAGAGCAGAGCGGAGGCGAGGUGUACAGUCUGCGUUGCGCUGCGCUGAGCUGCCGACGGAUUGGUUUGCAUUUGGGCUGUAAAUAUCGAUGCCUCCUGGGGCGAGCUACUAAUUACGAAUGGGCUGCCGGCGCCUGCAAGGAUUGUGAUUCCAUGAUGAUACACCGCAACGGAACGAACGCGCAGUCAAAAGCGAAUUUGUGAACGAUUCUGCCCACGCUCCGGCACAUGUGGGGAUCAGGAUGUGAAGGCAUGUGAAUACGACUGCGGUCGAUCGAUUAAUUGAUUGCUCGAUCGGGAGAAGUGUCGAGAUUAAGUGUUUGAGGCUGAGAAGAGACAGCACGAGGUGCGGCGAAGCAGAAUGUGCAUCUGCCUGCUCGUCGUUGCCCUGGGAGCGAUUCUCGCAAGCGCUACGGUUUGGCUGGAGAUUAGGCAAAUGAAAUCGAUCGAUCGAUCGUCAAUCCUCACGUCGUUCCUUGUGACUGAGGUUGACGGCUUGCUCGUCUUGCUCUGGGCGGGCCUUCAGACAUUCAUCCAUUGUGCCUUGGCUCAUGGUUCAUUUGUUUGACAGCAGCAGCAGCAGCAGCAACAACAAGAAUCAAGUGUUACCGCGACAACAACAACAACGACAGCAACGAAAACGUCGUCUGCUCGAAGAUCAGUGGCAGCAAAGGAUGAGCCACCAUCCACGAGAGCUCUCGUCGGCAGCAAGCAUCCAUCCACCCAGCGACCGACUUUCGGCCAGAGCAGCAGCAGCAUCUGCUCUGGUUUGGUCAUUGCGGUUGCAUCGCUUCUAAGGAGUACCAGCUCUUUCAUCGAGCAGAUCAUCAUGCCCGAAAAGUCUCAACCUUCACAGUCUAUCAUCUUAAGAUUGGAGCCCCUUUGCUACCGUUUCUCCACAGUUUCAAUUCAAUGUCUUAAACUUGCAUCAUGCAUCGGCAGCCCAUAGUAUUUCGGUUCUUAGAAGCAAUUUCUGAUGCCACUGGUCACAGAGGAGGUAGUCUCUCGCACGCAGGCCACGCAGUCAAUCAGGCAACAGCACCAGCACCAGCACCAGCUGCAGCAGCAGCAGCACAUCGGCUGCUGCUGCCGCUGCCAUUGCUUGGAGAUUUGGAUUUUGUACAGUAAGGUACAGUACUGUACAGUACAGUUGAGUACUCUGAGGUGCAGGUUCAGAGUCACCUAAUGAAUCACAGCAUCACAUCUACACUCCCUCAAUCCGACGAGUUCCAAACGGGGUAGUCAUUACAACGAUGCCGUUACUUGCAAAGCUUGAUUUGAGCUAUAAUUUGAGCUUUUCUUUGAAGCUUUUACUAUCCAAUUUUUGGACGACGCUCACUCUGCCUUCCUGUCGGGAGUGAUGAGCGUCUUUGGCGAUGUGCGAUUUGAGAGUAAAACAAAACAUGUAUUCCCGUGUGCCAAACCUCGUCCUCUGGUCCCAUAUUCACAUGGUUUGCUGCCCACCGAACUGUGCUCUCACAAUCUCAACUUGCUCUCUGCCUGCCUGCCUGUCUCAUGGAUCGAUGCUCUCCAUUCCCAUUAAACAAUAUUGAGUCCGUUUGCUCUGCCCGUGCCCUGCGACUGUAGACUCAGCUCGUUUGAAUUAUUAUCCUUACUUGUCUGACCCGCCGAAGCACACACUUGGCCCAGAUUGAAGUAUGACUAAAUCAUAUUCAGAAUAUCCGAAAGUUCUCUCAAAUAACCUGCAUCCCAGACUUAACCAGCAGACGCAAAGUUCCAUUUGCCCUUUUCAGACUGGCAAAUAUGAUGAAAGGUAGAUUCAAAUGAGAAGAACAAGUAUCUGCCAUGAAAUAUAAUCCCCAGAAACGUAAAGGUCAGAGUCAACACCUGUGGAGAGAAAGAGUUGAGAGUACGGUGGAAGAUAAUUCUGAAAGAACAAAUCAAUCAUCGAGAGCUAGUAUAUAGUCAGAUCCAUGAUACACUGCUGGCGCCGUUUGAGUCGAGUGAAGGUACCUGCCUGCCAGAGAGACCGUAAAAGGGCUUGUCCUUGAGUACAAGGAAAAGGGGAAGAACAUGUGGGCAACCUCACCGAUUACUUCGGGUCAAAAUCUCAUUAUCCAUAUAACGGUAAGUCGGUUCGCUUCAGUUGAAGGCAGAGUCUUGUCUUAAUUCCCCAGCCGCUGGAAAAGCAGUAUUUUGACUUUAUAUCCAAUCUUGAAACAACAUCCUCGAUUCUUCACAGAGCGCCGAGCGACGCUAAGUCUGCUCCAAUUUCGUCCUAUUCGAAACCUUAGACUAAAGGUCUUGUUGGCUAGAGUUCGUAGUGAUAUGGUGACAGGUGCUAGGUCUACUUGAAGGUAGCUGAUGGCUUCCUCAUCCAGUAAGUCAAGCACCUUACUGGACUGCGUGAGUAAGCCCUACAGGGUUGAGCUUCUGAUUGAGAGCUGGGCGUCAGAUGUUUGCAUCAAGCGUAG